AAUUUAUAACGAGUGCCCUUUUAGGUAUUUAUUGUACUCAAGGUUGGCCGGUUAAAAGAUAAAAUGGCGAGGUUACUGAGAAGUCCUGUGUUCAUUUUAAAAAAUCUGUCUCAUUCCUAUGGGGGUUUGGGAUGGAAAAGAGGAAGCCCACUUGUGGCCUUCAGAAACUUCCACUUUACUGUUGAAGGCAGGCAGACAGAUGCAAAAACAAAAAGCGGAGAGUUUGGUAGAGACUAUCCUGUUGUUGACCAUACCUAUGAUGCUGUUGUAGUAGGGGCAGGAGGUGCUGGGUUGAGAGCUGCAUUUGGAUUGGUUCAAGAAGGGUUUAAAACGGCCUGUGUUUCCAAGCUGUUUCCAACAAGAUCACACACAGUUGCUGCUCAGGGAGGUAUUAAUGCUGCUCUAGGCAACAUGGAACCUGAUAACUGGAAGUGGCACAUGUAUGAUACAGUGAAAGGCUCAGAUUGGCUUGGAGAUCAAGAUGCCAUUCAUUACAUGACAAAAGAAGCACCUGAAGCUGUUAUUGAGCUAGAGAAUUAUGGUAUGCCCUUUAGUCGAACCCAAGAUGGAAAGAUUUAUCAAAGGGCUUUUGGUGGUCAGUCUUACAACUAUGGGAAAGGAGGUCAAGCUCACCGUUGCUGCUGUGUAGCAGAUAGGACAGGACAUUCUCUAUUACAUACGUUGUAUGGUCAGAGUCUUCGCUAUGAUUGCAAUUUUUUUGUGGAAUACUUUGCUCUUGAUUUGUUGAUGGAGGAAGGAGAGUGUCGUGGAGUUAUUGCUCUCUGUCUAGAAGAUGGGUCACUGCAUCGCAUUCGAGCUAAGAACACUGUUCUUGCUACAGGAGGAUAUGGCCGAGCAUAUUUCUCCUGUACAUCAGCUCACACUUGCACUGGUGAUGGAACAGCAAUGGUAACCCGUGCUGGACUUGUAAAUCAGGAUUUAGAAUUUGUGCAGUUUCAUCCUACAGGAAUCUAUGGAGCAGGCUGUUUGAUAACGGAAGGAUCCAGAGGUGAAGGCGGUUUCCUCGUCAACAGUGAAGGUGAAAGAUUUAUGGAAAGAUAUGCUCCUGUGGCUAAGGAUUUGGCAUCCAGGGAUGUAGUAUCACGAGCAAUGACGAUAGAGAUAAGAGAAGGAAGAGGUGUAGGGCCAGAAAAGGAUCAUGUCUACCUCCAGCUUCAUCAUCUUCCUUCAGAACAGCUAGCUUCUCGAUUGCCUGGUAUAUCUGAAACUGCUAUGAUCUUUGCCGGAGUUGAUGUCACUAGAGAACCCAUUCCUGUCCUUCCAACAGUACAUUACAACAUGGGAGGAGUUCCUACUAAUUUCAAGGGACAGGUACUUUCCUAUUCACCAGGAGAAGGAGACAAAAUAGUGCCUGGAUUGUAUGCCUGUGGAGAAGCAGGAUGUGCUUCUGUACAUGGAGCCAACAGGCUAGGAGCUAAUUCCUUGCUAGACUUGGUAGUCUUUGGCAGAGCUUGUGCUUUUACCAUUUCUGAAGAGAAUAAGCCAGGGGACCUAAUUGGAGAGAUGAAACCAAAUGCUGGUGAAGAAUCGGUUGCCAACUUGGAUAAGUUAAGGUAUGCUAAUGGUUCCAUAUCGACUUCUGAACUGAGGACCAAGAUGCAGAAGACCAUGCAAACCCAUGCUGCAGUUUUCAGAACAGGUGAAAGCUUGAAGGAAGGAUGUCGUAAGAUGAGUGAUUUAUAUAAAGCAAUGGAGGAUAUUAAGUUAAGUGAUCGGGGAAUGGUUUGGAAUACUGACUUAGUUGAAACUCUAGAGCUGCAGAACCUCAUGCUCAAUGCUCUUCAAACAAUCCACGGAGCUGAGGCAAGAAAGGAGAGUCGUGGUGCUCAUGCUCGGGAAGAUUUCAAGGAGAGAAUUGAUGAGUAUGACUAUUCUAAGCCAGUCCAAGGUCAGAACAAAAAAAGUUUUAAUGAACACUGGAGGAAACACACUUUGUCAAAAAUGGAUGUAUCAAGUGGGAAGGUUCAUUUGGAGUAUAGGCCAGUUAUCGACAACACCCUAGAUGAGAGAGAAUGCAGUAUGGUACCACCAGCUGUACGAGCAUAUUAAACCAAAUACACUUUUAAAUUUGAAGAAUAAAUAUUUAAAACAAAAA